AUGCAGGAGUUCGGCUCUGCCGUACAUCUAGGUAGCAACGACCCUUCCUUUGCGAUAUGGGACAUGAAGCAGCAGGAGGUCCUCCCCGCCUGCCGCGUAGAGCCGACCACCGCGUCUCAGGUCUCGAGAGUCGUUGAGAUCACUGCCAACAACUGGUGCCGAUUCGCGAUCAAAGGCGGCGGACACAUGACGAACCUGGAUGCCUCCAACUCAGUCGGCGGUAUCACGAUCGACUUGCACCUCAUGGAUCACAUUGAGAUCUCAGAAGACCGCACCAAAGCUAAUCUCGGUCCUGGUCAUGUUCUUCGUGACGCUUACUUAGCACUGGAGAAGCACAAUCUUACGAUGGUAGGCGGAAGAACUGCAGAUGUUGGACUCCCGGGGUUCACGAUCGGUGGUGGACUCUCUGAUCUCGGACCGCAAUAUGGCUUAGCCGUGGAUAAUGUUUGGGAAUACCAACUCGUGCUGCCCAAUGCCACCAUUGUCAAUGUGUCGGAGACCGUCCACCCGGACCUUUACUUUGCUUUGAGAGGAGGUGGCAACAACUUUGGCAUCAUAACUAACUUUCGCUCGCGGCUCGUACCGCAAGGACAGAAGUGGGGUGGUGCAAGGACCUAUCAUAUCAACUUCACCGAUCAGCUGGUCGAUCAGUCUUAUCAACUCGCGACCAACUUGGCUACUGACACAUACAUGUCCUUCUGGACUCGCAACUCUUACGAUGUCGCCAACGACCGAUUCAGCAUAAGCGUUUCGCAAGCGUACUAUGAACCGGUCGUUGAACCUCCUGUCUUCACUGAGCUGAACAAGAUCCCAUAUGAGACGAGCAAUCUUCGGGUUGAUUGGAUGAGCAACCACAGUCUCGAUAGCGUCUCUCCUCAUGGUCUACGUCGCGUCUAUGCUUCUAUCACGUUCCGCCCCUCCCGUGUUCUGCACAAACAGUUGAUCAACAUCUACUCGGAAGAGGUUGUGGGUGUCAAGACCACUCCAGGUCUUUCAUCGUCGCUUGUUGUUCAGGCCUUGCACAAGAACUCCAUCGAUGCCAUGAAACUUCGGGGAGGAAACGCUCUUGGCGUCGAGUCUGACGGGCCACUGAUGAUUGCCCUUCUCACUCUUGGAUGGUCUAACUCGGGGGAUGAUGCGGCCAUGUAUGCCUACGCCGACCGCAUCAUUAAUCGAGGCAAGGCAGAAGCCGAGUCAAUGGACUUACUGCAUCCAUGGUUGUACAUCAACUAUGCGAACCAUAACCAAGAUCCGUUCACAGGAUAUGGCGAGAAGAACAAGAAGAGACUCCAAGAAAUACAGAAGUCGAUUGACCCGAAGGGCAUCUUCACCUCCCAGGGCUUGGUUAGGGGAUCCUUCAAGCUCAACUGA